UUCCCAUUUAUCGCAAAAGAGAAGAUCCACCAGACUCUUCCCUCUUUAUAUUCUUCACGCAACCCUAUUACCAACUGUCCCGAUGGCCACCACCGCCACUACUGCAUCCGUCACCGUUGCCGCCAAUUUAAUCACAGAACCGAACCCUAAGAAGUCCAUGCCAUCAUCCACGUAUAUGUCAGAUCCUCCUACAACUGUUACCCUUUCCAAUGCUGAAGGAACUGGGAAGGGAAUCGAAGAUUCGAAGGCCACGGGGACUACUGCGGGAUCUGUCGCAGGGGAUACCAGCGGUCCCGUUAACGAUGUCCAGAAGAAGAUUCGCCGAGCUGAGCGGUUUGGCGUGCCUGUCCAGUUGUCCGAGCAAGAGAAGCGUAAUUCUAGGGCCGAAAGGUUUGGCACUGCACCCUGCUCAAAGGGAUCAGAAGCGUCCAAGCAAUCAGAGGAGGUGAAGAGGAAGGCUAGAGCAGAGAGGUUUGGGCUUGCCGUACCCUCUACCGCUGUUGAUGAGGCAGAGAAAAAGAAAGCUCGUCUUGCCCGAUUUGCACCAUAUGCCAAACCUGAUACAGUGGAAGGAGAAAAAAGAAAAGCUAGGGCAAUAAGAUUUUCUAAUCCUCCAUCAAGUUCUUUAGCCCAGGAGGCUGCUAUUGCUGAAAAGCUGGUGGAGGUCUCUAAAUAGAAAUUACCGUAGUUAGAAGGUCCAUAGACCUAACAGCUUGUGAUUCUCUUGAAGCUUCUUUACAGUGUUCUUUUUCCUAACAUCAAAAUUCUAAGAGCAGUACUCCAUCUCCAGAUGAAUUUCCAAAUCAGUGGCAAAGUGUUUUUGGCAGUUUGAAAGGUUUCUAUUCAUUUGGUGAGGCCUCUUGGAAUCAACCACCACCUGGAGUGUUCACCUACCUCAAAUCUUACAAAGAGUAUUGGAAAUUGUUGAGUAAUGGCUAGAAAUUUUCUACUUUUCCUGUUAGAUAAUUUAAUUAAUUAUGGAGGUGGUUACUAGAGUCAACUUAAAAAUUAAUGAGUUUUGUUUCUUACACUGUUUUAAGUUAUAAAGUAUGAUCAAGUGUGAGACAGCAGUGGUAGUCAUAUUGAGUCUGAUAUUUAUUUCCAUGGGUUAAAAUAGAAAAUGAUAUAU